AUGCGCCUCCGCUCGGCCACGCCGCUGGCCGCGCACGCCGAGCGCGGGCUUCGGGACUGCAUCCAGCGCCUAUGCCGGCUGCGCGGAAGUGGGCAGUGGCAGGAGGCCCUAUGGCAACUGCACGAGAUGCAGCACAGUGGGCCGAGCCCCAAUGUCAUCGCCUGCAACGUCGUCCUCAGCUCCCUGGAAGCAGGCCAGGCUCAGGCCCUGGUGCAAGAGCUGCCCCGCAUGCGACUGCAGGCCGAUGCAGUGACCUAUGGUUCCCUCAUUGCGGCCCACGGGCGCGCGCGGCAGUGGGCGGAAACCCUCGCGGCAGUGGAGGUCAUGAGGGACGAGGGCGUGCAGCUGGAUCUUGUGACAAGCAGCACUGCCAUCAGCGCCUGCGCAAGGAGCAGCAAGUGGAGGCAGGCGCUGGCCCUCAUGCGCGCCUUGGAAGGCGAGCGCCUGCAGCCCGACGUCGUCUUCUACUCCGCCUGCAUCGACGCGUGCGCGCAAGGGCGGCGCUGGACCAUGGCCGUCCAGCUGUUAGACCGCAUGCUGGCUCAAAGCUCGCCGGCAGCCGCGGGCAACGUGAUUGCUUACGCGGCCGCCCUGCGGUCUUUGGAGGCUCACUGGUCUGUUGCCGUCCAGCUGCUGGUAGACAUGAAGUGGAAGCGGAUCUCACCCGAUGUGGUCGCUUUCAACGCGGUGCUGGGAGCGUGUGGCUCUGCGGCGCAGUGGGAGGCGGGGCUCCAAGUGCUCGCAGCCAUGGCGGGGUCGCGAGUGGCGCAGGAUCAUGUGUCGAAGGCUUUGGCCAUGAGUGCAUGCGCCCAAGCAAAACGCUGGGAGACGGCUCUGGCGCUCUGUCCGGAGCCGGAGCAUGCCAUCACUUGCAGCGCGUUCAUCACCGCCUGCGGCCAGGGCCGGCGUUGGCAGCUGGCUUUGCUGGCACUCAGUGAAAGUGAGGUGGCGCGCCGAAGCACGGUGUGCUGGAACGCCACCCUCAGCGCCUGCGAUUACUGGCCGCGCUCCCUGCUGUUGCUGCAGCACAUGGCACGGCGGCUGCUUCGUACCGACCUCACCGGGCAGAACGCCCUUCUCAGCACGUUGGAGAAGGGAAGCCAGUGGGCACUUGCCUUGGAUGUCUUCUGGACGCUGCGGCAGCAUCACUUGCAGCCCGAUGCCAUCUCCUUCAACUCCGUCAUCAGUGCCUGUGAAAAAGGCCAUACCCGAAACCCUCGGCCCUAA